ACUCUCCAAAUAUCUCAGACUCAGAGCUUUGGAAAUGGCGAAUACGAAAGAAACGUCUCAAAUUCCAUCGAGGGCCAUAAACUCAGGUGGUGGUGGUGGGGUUUGUAUGAUGAGCAACACAUGGAGAGAUGAACAACACCCAUCUUUCAUCAACUUCAUUUCCACCUUCCUCACUGCAAACGUUUUCCGUCUUAACUUUGUCCCAAUUGCCCCUGACUUCAUUUUCAACUGUGGAGGUUCAUCUGUGGCAUUCAUCUUUGUGACAAGCUUGGAUCCCACUUGCAUCUCACAAAUCUUCGGCAGAGUUCAAAAGCUGAAGCUGCAAUUUGCAAAUCUAUACGUUGUCAUCACCCUCCCAACCAAGGAGAAAAAUGAUUUGUUUGUGCGUUCUUACUUCAAAUUUGGAAUGGAGCUUGGUAAACCCACAUUCGUUCUGGUUAAGGACUUGGAAAUGGGGUUUGAAAAGAUGGUGAAGAUAGCUCACUCUCGUGGGGUAUGCAAGCGAGAGGAUGCUACCGCAAAAUUGAAGGCUGAGAGGAAGCAAACUGUGCAAGCAGUGAAUGUGUUUCAAAGAGUGGUCACAUGCAUUCCUGGUAUUGACAGUCAUGAUGCGAAUGCGCUUAACCAAGCGAUUGGUUCGAUUGAAGCAAUUGCCAAGGCAUCGAAGGAGCAAAUUCUGGAAAACACAGACCUCUCUGCUGACAAGGCAGAAGUAGUUUCAAGGUUUUUUAGGGAUCCAAAGUUUUACCUGAGUCCCAAGAUCAACUGAUCCAUAGGACUGGUUUCUGUAUCUCUCGGUUUUCUCUCUUUACAAUGGACAUUCAAAAAUUCACAGGCAUCAAGGGUCAUGUGUUACUGCAGACUAAAAUUUGUAGAUUAAAAAAAAAAACAGAAUCUAUGCAGAUUCUUAA